GCAGGGCUGGUCUGGGACACUCCAAAUCAAUUCAAAAGCAACACACAAUACGACAGCUCGAACGAAACUCUGAUGGAGUUGGCAUGGGAAGCUCUUGAAUACAAUCUCGGCUCCAUCGCGCUUUCGGACGAUUACGCCGAUUCUCUGGGACUUCCACGAGCUCGGAGAUAUCCCUGGGAUGAUAGCAAAGGGCUCUAUUUUCUGAACGGGUAUCACAGUAUUCAUUGUCUAAAAAUUAUUCGGAGGACGAUAACCCAGCUCUACUCCAAUGAAGUGCCUUCAUCGCAUCCACGUCACUGGAAACACUGCUUAGAUUCAUUAUUGCAAGAUACGCUCUGUGUGGCAGACGAUACUCCACGACAUGUCCCCGUGGACCCCUUGGGACUUCCUGGUAUGGGUCAAGCCAGAGCUUGUAGAAAUUGGAACAAGCUUGAGACUUUUGCGACGAAGCAUUGGUCCUGCUGGAAAAACGUCAAGCCAACAGAUAGUAGUGUGGAUGGGAUCCUAAGAUUUAUAUACUGUCCUCCAGACUCUCCUUACCAGGAGAAGAUUCAUCAAGCUCUGCGGAAUUCUGACGAUGAAGAGUAG